AUGUCCUAUGACAGUACGCUUGUCGGCGUUGGUAUUGUGAUACUGGUAGCAUUGGUAGCCGUAGUAUUUAAGCGAAUAAAGAAGUAUAAACACGAGCAAGCAUUAUUUCGACAGUCACAAAUGGGCUACCCGAAUCCACCUCCUUUGCGAAGUCCAAUUCCUAACGAACCAUAUCCAAUUCUUCACCUUCCAAACUAUGCCAAUACCGGAAGCAUGCGAGAUACUGUAAUAACAGUUGAUGGUAACCUUCAACGGCAAUGCGAGUACUUUGAGCACAUUCCUGUACCACAUCAAGUCUUCUCGCCACGACACUACGAACCGCCACCACCGUAUCCGGGCGAGAAUAACAAAACCUCGAACAUCUAG